CCAUCUAUUGUAAUCCUGGUAUCCGUUGUUUAUCUGUUCUAACGUCUUAUUUUUUUUCUCAUCAGCAAUCUACUACCUAUCGUGGCCGCAACCUCCAACGCCAAUCGUUCUUCAUUUCACCAAGCACCCUUUCCGAUGUUAAUCCCAAGUUGAAUAAGUGGAUCGACAUGCGCCAGCAUUCUUCAUCCCAUGAUACCCUCAAAAAGCCCGCGUAGCCUCUGGCUGCCUCGUUGCUGGAGAACCCUCGUUUUAGUAAUUGCAUUCUUCAUCACAUCAUUCUUUCUCCUCGAGACCUUCUGGCCGGCUCAGCAGCGCUUGGGCGAAUUAGAAGACACCCUCGAAAUAUCUAAUAAUGGCUUGUCUCCUGGUCAUAACGAGAACCCCACCGUUAACUUGGUGAUGGCUACGCUUCGCAAGGACGACAUCUCUUGGGUGGAUAACAUUACAAUUCCUAACCUCAAUGUUAUCCGCUAUAUUAGCGACUCUACCGACGCAGAGUUUCAUCCACCAGUACCGAAGAAGGGGCGCGAGGCUAUGAUUUAUCUCACUUACCUGCACGAUUAUUACGACAACCUUCCAGACAUCAGUAUCUUCAUCCAUGCUGAUGAGACUCCUUGGCAUAUGGAGAGUGCCCUAAACUCGUCCGUUGCCUUUGCCCUGUCGCAUCUCGAUCUUCAGCAGGUUCUACACCAGAAAUAUUUCAACUUGCGCGUUUCAUGGCAAAACGCAUGCCCGGACUGGAUCAACACUACCAAGACGACGGGCAACAAAGUUAAGGAGGAGCAGCGCUAUAUGUACGACGCGUUCAUGGAGAAUUUCGCCACAGAUCAGGUUCCCGAAAUCUUGGCGGGGCCUUGCUGCUCCCAGUUUGCCGUAACGAAAGACGCAGUGCGAAGCCGUCCGCGAUCACAAUACCGAAAGAACAUGGACUGGUUACUGGAGACCAGUCUAGACGAUUAUAUUUCAGGUAGAAUUUGGGAGCACUUGUGGCAGUGGCUCUUCAAGGGUGAAGCAAUAGAUUGCCCCAACGAAUGGGAAUCGUAUUGUAGGAUGUACCACGUUUGUUUUGAUUCGGAAAGCAGAGUCCAAGUCAUGAGCCUGGAAGCAGAGAAGAAGUAUCUGCAAGAUAUGGGCCUUUUCAAGCAGCUGCUGGAUCUGUUGGGAGGAUUCAAGACCAGGGCACGCCUCGCGGAGAUUGAUACCAUAUUAGCGACAGAAGUUGAGAAUGCGCUCGAGAGGGGGAAAAGUGAAGCAGUGCGGUUGGAAUUGUUCCCAAAUUUGUACGAUCCAUGAGAAGAGAUAGGCUGGGUCGGUCGGGUCGCCUUUACAUGAUACCCCAAUAAUAAAAAAAAAGCAUUACAUGACAAACAACCGUUGUCUGACCUUCGUUGUCUGACCCUCACGAUGAGCCGCGUUUGCUUGCCGUAUUCACGUUCGAGGACCAAUAGCCAUAGGAGGAUUUCCCCCUGGCCGGGAACCUGGUUUAGAUACUUGGGAAAAAGUUCUGAACUUGAUCAGCAUUUCCAAGAAAUCUAAUCAUCACCAUAAGAGUCUGAAUGACCAUUAACUCCAAUUUUUUUGAACUGGUUGCUUUACCAAUUUGGAGUCUAGCUGGAAAUGCACCCCGCAACUACUACCUAAAGUAAAGUGCUUACCUACUAGGUAGUCGGAGAUAUCAAUUUUUAAGUCAUUGGCUUUUGUGUACGGCGCAGACGGCCAGCAACCCGUGGAGGAGAGAGGAGGAUUAUCAUGGGUGUCGUCGAUUUUCGGAAUCGUUUCACAACCGGGAGCCGAGGGUUUGUUUAUACUAACAAGAAAUAGAGAAAUAAAUACCUACGUACUAGGUUAGAUUUUAUUCGGCCUAGUCUUUGCUACGUAGGACUAUGUGAUGUUUGUCGAAGUUGAAUUAUUGACUUCUAUAGAUUUUAAACCACUAACCUAGCUUGAAUGGGAU